GAUCCACCCCUGCACACAAGCUCCGCCUCCUGCUCAUAAGUCACGCCCCCGACGAGCCACCACAUGAGCACGAAGAGGUAAACAAAUGGCUCUCAGUCUUCAGUGCCAGGUAAGCUUCAGCUAAUUUGCCAGUUACUUUGUGUGUAUGUGCUUGCUAGUGAGUGAGCUUUUAUGUUUGUGUCUCAGUGAGCUUAUCUGUAGUGAACGUGUGAGCUUGUCUGUGAGAGUGUGUCUAAGUGAGCUUGUGUGUGUGUAAGUGAGCUUGUCUGUGUGUGUGUGUGUGUAAGUGAGCUUGUGUAAGUGAGCUUGUGUGUGUGUGUGUAAGUGAGCUUGUGUAAGUGAGCUUGUGUAAGUGAGCUUGUGUAAGUGAGCUUGUGUAAGUGAGCUUGUGUAAGUGAGCUUGUGUAAGUGAGCUUGUGUAAGCGAGCUUGUGUGUGUGUGUGCUUGUGUGCGUGUGUGUGUGAGCGUGUGUGUGUAAGUGAGCUUGUAUGUGUGUGUGAGCAAGCUUGUCUGUGUGUGAGCUUGUCUGAGUGUGUGUGUAAGUGAGCUUGUGUGUGUGUGUAAGUGAGCUUGUGUGUGUGUGUAAGUGAGCUUGUGUGUGUGUGUAAGUGAGCUUGUGUGUGUGUGUUUGUAAGUGAGCUUGUGUGUGUGUGUUUGUAAGUGAGCUUGUCUGUGUGUGUUUGUAAGUGAGCUUGUCUGUGUGUGUUUGUAAGUGAGCUUGUGUGUAAGUGAGCUUGUGUGUGUAGGUCUGAAUUUAUAUAGGGUAUCCUACGUCUGCGGUAUCGUUGGUGAAGUAUUGUGUUAUAUGUUCGUGCAGUGUGGCAGUAAAUUUUGUGACUUGAAGCAGCGAUUCGUUCAGUCGCCAGUUCGGUUUACCUUUGAAGGCAAAGGUGUCGGAGAUAUCUAAAAUGACAGGGGCAUGGUCAGACCAGUCUGUUUCCUAUGGAGCAUUCGUCUAUCUGUGGCAGUGACUGACCCUGGACAUAGCACUGAUCUAUUUUAGUAUAGCAAUUUUGUACUGGGGAGAAGAACAUGAAUUCUUUGUCAGUUGGGUGGGCAGCUCUCCAUACAUCAUAUAAGUUGUAUAAUGCGAAGAGAGAGAUUAGGCGCUGUGCAACCUUGUGGAGUUGAAUUGCUCUAAUUUGGGAUUUUUGUGACGAAGAGUCUAAGAGGUGGGUUCCAGCGUACAAUUAAAAUUGCCACAAAGGAUCAACAUGCCUUGUUGGACCUUGUCUAAUUUUGCUAGUACCAUCUUGAGGAAGGUCAGUUGACGAUCAUUGGGGGCGUAUAUGUCGGCUAUACUAUAUGUUGUCACCUUAAUGGAGGCCUCCACUAUUACAAACCUGCCUUCUGGGUCAAUGAUAGAUUUAAUCAGGGUAAACGUCAGCUGAUGGCUGAACAUAAUGGAGGCGCCCUUGGCUUUGGAAUCAGCCGUAGCGUGGAAUUGAUAUGGGAAAUUUCUGGUUUGGAAUCUGCAUUAGUCAUGUUUCCUAUAGUGUGUUUCUUGUAAACAUAUAUCACCCUUCCGAUGGGCAAUCUCUCGGUACAGUGCAUGACGCUUAAAUGGAGCAUUCCGCCCCUUGACAUCAUGAGAGAUUGGUGCGUUGGUGUGCACCAUUCUGUGUACUCUAGACCCCCCUCCUGUUGGUGCGAUAUUUUCCCUAGCAGGUAUAGAAGGGUAAGAAGAAAUUAUAGAGAAGCAGACAGUACUGGUCAUUCCUUGACCAGGAUGAUCGCCCUCUGGCGAUUUGCGGUUGGAUUUGGGUGUGCCAAGUGAGUCCUCCUGGCGCCCUCUGGGGUUCCUGGUGUGCGCCAAACAGGCAGGUGCACCGCCAAGGCUCACAGGCGAGUCAACUAGACAUUAUGUAUUAAAACAAUAUUAACAUAAACUGAACUAAACAUCCAGUAUGGAAAACUUGAGAAUUGGGUGGAGAUCUCUCCCAAUGCAUCCGAGUGAUACAGGGGACGCUAUUGGGGAUAUGUUGGGCUUGUGGUUGCUUUUAGUGAGAUAAAGACAUAUUAACCGUUGGUAAAUGAACCACUCAAUCAGUCCCGCUAGCCAAUGGCUACUUCAAUGAUAUAGAGUGGGUGAUAUUUGCACCUUGGUGUGUGUGCUAAGGAGUGGUGAGAGUUUGUGUUGCAUGGCACACAGUGUAGUGUAGACCACCGGGCUUGGUGAGUAUGCUGAGAUAUGUUGUGUGUACUGCAUGUAACGGGCACGGUACUCAGAGCUUGUGUUCUGGUGAGUUAUAACCACCAAUUGGUCGUGGGCAAAAUAAGUCCCUUAACUAUAUAAACAUUUGGAAGAGUAUCAAAAAUUGCAGUUAAACAUGCUCACGUAUUAGAAGGUACAAUUCAAAUGUCGAGUACAGUUGCUGCUUUUAUACUGGUCCCUACCUCCUGCACGGGUGCAUGGUAAUUCGGGAAGUGCAGUAUUCGUGUGGUGCUAGUGUAAGCUCAGAGCUCCCAAGUUAUUUGCAAGUCUGGGACAUAGUCUGUGUAGUACGAAAAGAGAAAACAUUGCACUCCAAUAGUGCUGUGGGGGUAAUUGUAUGUCCCAGGAGUGCUCUGUGGACCUUGGUGAUUCCCAACUAUGCAAUCGCUGCAACAGUCAUCUUGGGUGGAAGCUCAUCCGUGUAAAACAUUAUCCCAGGAGACAGUGAGGACCCAAAGAUGCACAGGGAUAAGAAAACAUUACACUCAGACAGUGCCUUUAUAAAAGAUUAUGCGAGCAUAGGUUGUAAGAAUGGGAUUGGAAGUAUUCUUUGUUGUACUCUAAUCGUGUAUAUCAUGCGUGUUCGCAAGGGAGUACCUACGGCCCAGGUCAGCAUUUCUCUGGGUGCCAUUCAGCGGCGAGCCGCAGCGGCCUGGGUGGGUUAUCGUGUGGAAUAACCCAUGAUCUUAGAAUUGAGAAGCCGGCUUCCGGGGUAAGUACUUUCUCUGACCAUUUCGGGUUAUCAGUAGGUGGGUGGGGAAACCCAAUCUAUACGCCGCCUGGUGUUUGCGAAGGGCUGUGGUGAUUCGUCUGAGUGCCAAGGUUUGUGAUAUAUCGGCAAAUACCUGGAUCUUAGUGUAGUCACCAGGUAAGUGCUUGACAGCUCAGCAUGUCCGCAAGAUAGCCUCCUUGACAUGGUGGUACUGGGCACAGAGAAGCACAUCCCUUGGUGCGGAGACCGAAACUGCUUUCGCUUUUGCCACUCGUAUCCUAUCCAAGAGGAAUAACUCUGGCAUGUCUGGGCAAAAGGCGCAAAACAGGCCGGUGGCGUAUACCGGUAGAUCUCCCAUGGUCGUGGUCUCCGGCACACAGCGAAGUCUGAGAUUGUUCCUGCAGGAACUGUGUUCGAGGUCCGUUAUUUUAACUUUGUGUCUAGUCAGGACGACCCUCCAUGUGGAGCAGUUGGUCAGCUAUUGAAUUGUGCACUGCAGUGGUCAUCCAUCCUGUAUUCCAAGUGAGUGGUGCGGGAGCCUAAUCUCCUUCAUAAGAUCCUGAAAAGAUGAUUAAAAUUUAGCAAACAAUUGAUCCGAUUGGGCAUUCAGCAUUUAUUGGAUAAUUGCUGGAGUCAGCGAGGCCUCUCUAUCCCUCGGUUCUGACAAGGUAGGGCUGGAGUCACGACUCCCUCUGCUUUCAGGGUCGCCAUCUUAUAGGGUCUCUGGCAUGGCCUCUUGUUUAGUUUGCGACUUGGCAGUGAAAAAGGCGGAUUUGUCUCCAUGAUACUUUCCCUUGUGAUGAGACAUCGUGGUAGAAUUUUUUUUUAUAGGUUCAGCAUAAAUUUUUCGGGUGUUAAUGGCUAAAUCUCAGUCAGCCUGCUCGGAGCUCAGCAUUUAAGCAGCCAUUACAUUCGGCGUCGGCUCCACCCCUAUUUUUUCCAGUAUUUUGAUGCCAGUGGCAGCUUUAUUAUCGAAAGAAUUGUGACGUCUGUGACGGCCACUCAGAUAUGGGUUCCGCCGCCAGGAAGGUCUUUUCCCUUCUCAAGAACUCUGCUGCAGCCCCUCUAGUGAUAAUAGCCAUCAAGUAGUAACUCCAGAGCAGGUAUAGCUUUCCCCAACAAACAUUAGCCAAAACUGAAUGCUGGGAACUCAUUUAUUCAGGGCCACACAUGGUCUUUUUAUGCAAAAGCCCCCUGCAAAGGGUUUCCGACACAUUACAGGGUCAUCCCUCCCAUGAUACUCUGUGUCUGAGAGAGAAUUCAGUUCCCGCUCAGGUACAGAAAAUCUACAGUUUCCAGAACACCCCAAAACACACAGCAAACUACUAUGUACACUGUCAAGUCUUACAUUCCCGGAUAGCCUGGACCUGAGUGCACGGUAUAUACAAAAAGCGCUCAGAUCCCACAAAUACAGCCAAAACACCACUGGGGUAAGGUUUUGACCGACCGCACACAAGGCUGCUGCCCAGAAUAGUUCCAUAGAAUCAGUGGUAGCGGUCAGUCUCUUUCAGGAGUACGAAAACACACAAAAUACCGAACAUAUGCUCAAACUUGUUGGCAAAUAGUGUUAACCUCAUUCGUGGGAAUGAUUCCACCGAACAGUGUUCUCCCAGGAUGUAUAUGAACGAACGCAGGCGUGUAUGGAAGUUCAGCGGUAUUCGCGAGGUCGAGGGUGUGAUUUUAGCUUCAUGCACUCGACGACCAAACAUCGCUGUCUUCGUUCGCGGGAACAAGAUGGCCGCCACCACGUGUUCGCACAUGCGAACGAUGGCCACCCAGCCAUGGUGUGAAACAUUUUUCAGGGGUGAAUGAGGUUAACAAGCGUACGGUGCAUACGGGUGGUCUGGGUAUUUCAUGGUUUUGUUUGGUUACUGACCAAAACUGGGAAAAGGGCAUUUUUAAUGAACAGACAAGAAGUGAAAAUAGAAACUGUAUUCCAGUGACACGGGGAGGUCUGUCACACUACCAGAUAUGGCAGACCUCCUUGUAUCCCAACUGGGUCCCUCCGCCAAUCGCGAUUCCUAGUUAUCACAGAGUACCAUAAGCACUUCCAGCCCCAAGCUGCUGCAGCUUGGCUGGGGUCUUGCUGCCUCUUCCCACCCUGGAUCAAAGCCCUGGACCCAGCUCCCAGUGGUUAGAGCUCUCCUCCAGAGAGUAUAGCAAGUAAAUAGAGCAGUAUAGCUGUUACCACCCCCUCUUUCCCCCACACACACGAGCCUAGACUUAAUGCUGGGAGUAGACUGUCUCGGGGCCACACACUGCCUUCUUAUGCAAAAGUCCAGAGCAGGUAUAGCUUUCCAACACAACAUUACAGGGUCAUCCCUCCCAUGAUCCUCUGUGCCUGAGAGUCCCCUCUCAGUUACAGAGAAUUUCACUUAUGCAAAAGCCCCAUGCAAGGGGUUUCCAGCCCAAUCCCCCAUGAUCCUCUAUGCCUGAGAGAGAAUUCAGUCCCCUCUCAGGUGAAGAAAAAAUCAUUUUAUUUUGUCACACAUGGUUUGUUAUGUACAGAUCUCUACCUGGGGCUACAAUACAAAUAAUACAACAGGAAAAGGGAGGGUGAUGGGCACAGACAAGCAAUACAUUCAGAAGGGGGAGAGGUACAGAGAAAUCCUUUUAUUUUAUUAUACAUGGUUUGUUAGGCAGAGACCCCUACAUGGGGUCUACAAUACAACAGGAAAAGGAAGGGGAGAAGCACAGACAAGCAAUACACUCAGAAAGGGAAGGUGGAGAGGCACAGACAAGCAAUACUCUCAGAAAGGGAAGGUGGAGAGGCACAGACAAGCAAUACUCUCAGAAAAGGAAGGUGGAGAGGCACAGACAAGCAAUACUCUCGGAAGGUGGAGAGGCACAGACAAGCAAUACUCUCGGAAGGUGGAGAGGCACAGACAAGCAAUACGCUCGGAAGGUGGAGAGGCACAGACAAGCAAUACUCUCGGAAGGUGGAGAGGCACAUACAAGCAAUACUCUCGGAAGGUGGAGAGGCACAGACAAGCAAUACGCUCAGAAAAGGAAGGUGGAGAGGCACAGACAAGCAAUACGCUCAGAAAAGGAAGGUGGAGAGGCACAGACAAGCAAUACUCUCGGAAGGUGGAGAGACACAGACAAGCAAUACUCUCGGAAGGUGGAGAGGCACAGACAAGCAAUACUCUCGGAAGGUGGAGAGGCACAGACAAGCAAUACUCUCGGAAGGUGGAGAGGCACAGACAAGCAAUACUACGCUCAGAAAAGGAAGGUGGAGAGGCACAGACAAGCAAUACUCUCAGAAAAGGAAGGUGGAGAGGCACAGACAAGCAAUACUCUCGGAAGGUGGAGAGACACAGACAAGCAAUACUCUCGGAAGGUGGAGAGGCACAGACAAGCAAUACUCUCGGAAGGUGGAGAGGCACAGACAAGCAAUACUCUCGGAAGGUGGAGAGGCACAGACAAGCAAUACUCUCGGAAGGUGGAGAGGCACAGACAAGCAAUACUCUCGGAAGGUGGAGAGGCACAGACAAGCAAUACAUUGUUAAAUAGCCCUGACCUGAACCCCAUAAGCAGGCAAGUAUGUGGGCAUGGUACGCAGUGACGGCAUUCGUCACGUCAUCCAAAAAUUUUAAUUGAGACCAAAAGUAUUGCUAUACCACAUCUAAAACUAGAACAUAAUUAAUUGUCGAGAUUACACGAAAUUAGUUAUUCACUAAAAAGAAAAUUGAAAAGUCCAUUCUGAAUUUUAGUCCCCAAUAACCGAGUGGGAGAACUUUUGAUUUGGAUAUUUUGCUAUAAAAUUCUUCCCGAAGCAAUACUCUCGGAAGGUGGAGAGGCACAGACAAGCAAUACGCUCAGAAAAGGAAGGGGAGAGGCACAGACAAGCAAUACUCUCAUCCCUAAUGCGUUCUUCCCGAUUCCUGUUGAGUAACCUUGAUUGUAUAUUAUAGGUCUGUAGCAGUGAUUACCUUUUACUUAUUGUUACAGUCUGCAUAGCCUGAAAUAAAGCUGACUUUGUUGUGACAUUACUUUUUUGGCUCUUGAUGUUUUUUUUCUCAAUACAAAACUUAGAUAGCCUUUAACAACCUCCAUUUACAAAAAAGCCAUGAAAAUGCUGUAAGCAGAGAGACGGUGAAAUCACUAUGGAAACCAAUGAGGAGUCCUUGAUAACCGUUUGUUUCCAUGUUAGAGACACUGCUAGUCCGUUUUAAACACUGUUUCCUCUUGUUGUCUACCGUGUAAAGAAAAAGAUCUGAAGGUUUAUGCAGUCAUUCUUUAUUUAGACUUUUAGAUUUGCUUUGGUGGUUUUUCCAGAUACCCACAGUGUUCGUGUAUAUUGAUCGAGCCCUAAUUCAAAUAAGGUCUGAUACUGCAAAUCAUGAACCUGAAACCAAGAUUUUCUAAUAUCACGUUAUGAAAUGUGAGUUCCCACGGUAAGAGGCAGGUUUGUAAUUUCUAUGAAUUCAGUCUUUCUGGAGCUGAAUGCUUCCAAAUGACUGAAUUUCAGAAGUGCUUUGGAUUUCUGAAAAGUGGCAAAACAGGAGAGAGAGGGAAAAUUACAAAAAAAACACCACAACCACUUACACAUCUAGGGGUAGGGUUUUGGUUAGGGAAUUGCUGAACCAAACCAAUUUUUUUUUUUUUGCCCAUGCACAUCCCUAAUGCGUUCAAUCUUUAGAGAGUUUAUAUUCCCUGUGGAGGUACUUUCAAUGUAUCCAAUCUGUAUGGCAUUUAUAUUCCCUGGGAGGUACUUUCAAUGUAUCCAAUCUGUAUGGCAUUUAUAUUCCUUGGGAGGUAAUUUCAAUGUAUCCAAUCUGUAUGGUGUUUAUAUUACUUGGGAGGUACUUUCAAUGUAUCCAAUCUGUAUGGCGUUUAUAUUACUUGGGAGGUACUUUCAAUGUAUCCAAUCUGUAUGGAGUUUAUAUUCCUUGGGAGGUACUUUCAAUGUAUCCAAUCUGUAUGGAGUUUAUAUUCCUUGGGAGGUACUUUCAAUGUAUCCAAUCUGUAUGGAGUUUAUAUUCCUUGGGAGGUACUUUCAAUGUAUCCAAUCUGUAUGGCGUUUAUAUUACUUGGGAGGUACUUUCAAUGUAUCCAAUCUGUAUGGAGUUUAUAUUCCUUGGGAGGUACUUUCAAUGUUGUGGGGAUAUUUAUGGGAUAAUAAUAGUAACAGUGAGAAUUGCCCACUAAUUCAAUUCUCAGAUCCCAAAGAACGUUUAUCGUGUUAAGUGGAAUGUAUUUCAUAUAAUUAAUAUCACAAUGUAUAAAAAUAGAUUUUUAUUUAUAAUAACAAAUUAAUAAUAAUAAUAUGUAACAUGCAUGAUAAUAAUCAAUGAAUAUCCAGUAUAAAAUGGUAUGCAAUACAAAGGAAUGGGUAUUAUGUUUCAAUGGCUAAAACAGCAUUAUCUGUCAAGACUUAUUUAUUACCAUCUUUAACACAGACUGAAAGUAAAACUUUUCACACAGAGAACAGAAUUCCUCAGAGUGCAGCGUAAGGUCGUAAAGUUUAGCAGACAGUUAGAAUAACCCUUUCAAUGCUGGCUAGAUCUCCUAGGUAGUUAAGAUCUAUUCUUAUGUAUUUUAAAUAAAAUAACAUUUAAACCAGUUCAUUAGUCAUUUUCUUAAACCAUCCAUAAGAGAAUUUACCACAUUAUAUAAGCAGAUUUUUAAUUUGUCUAAAAGAUAUCUAUCUUAAUUUAGAGCAAAUCAAUACACCUGGAUAAAAACAGCGGUAUGCUAACACGUGAUAAUAUCACAUCAAUAUAUAAUUAUUCUUAAUUCCACCUGCAGAAUGGAAUGUUUAUAACUAUAUAUUCUUAGUUAACUAAGAUUUCUUAAUAUGGAAAUCUGACCGUGCUUUAUCCAGUCAUAUAUAAUGCUAUUAAUACAUUUUAAUUAAUUUAAUUUAAUUAAAUGAAACCAGUAUAAUUACCAGUUGAGUAGAUAUUUCAUCCGAUUGGUAGUCUCUCUGCAUGGAGGUGUUGGUUAGAAAGUCAGUAAAUUCUAAGUGUUAGAGUUUUAGGAGUAGAGUGUUAUUCUCAGAUGUUGUCCGAGUUGGAAUCCCCAAACUUCCAAUUCCUCUCUCCUCUCCGUUGCAUAUCUUGCAUCUGCCUCCUCUCAUCUCUCUUGUAUCUCUAUCUUCCCUUUGUCUUAACUUUUAAAGGGCCAGACUCUCUGUACGUCAUCAGUUGAUAACCCAAUAGAAGCACUAGAGGUGUGGUUAUCUUCCAGAUCGCAAAUUAGUUAUUUGGUCUGUAGAGGGCAGUCUUGUCCCACUAAACAUACCUAUCCAGGAAAGAGUUAACUUUUCCUGGUGGCUAUUUUGACGUCAUUUUGCGUUAUCUUUAUAGCGCCAUAAUUUAAAAUUUCAAAGGGUUUCUUAAAUUUUGUCCAGACUUAGCGUCUGCAAUUCCUGCCAUAAUUUCUGAUAUGACAGAUCAUGAACUAAGUUUACCCUUUUCCAUACAAUGGUACCUUAUAUAUAUAGACAGUUAAAUAUUAAAUUAUUUAAUCUUCUCUGUCACAAUUGUCUGGUUUAGAUUUGAUUAUAUUCUUUUAGCAUUAGACAGUCUGUCCAACCCCCUUCCUUAUCACUUGUUUGUAUAUACUAUGCAUUCCUCAGAUCUGGGAAAGUGGUUAGCUUACAGAUAGAAAUAUAGUGUCUUUUUGUUAACUUGAAAUAACAAAAUGGAGUCUGGUCUGUUCAGAGUGACUCAGAAUAUACACUUUUAGUUUCUAUCAUAGCACAAAAUGUCUGCCGAUAUAAAUACUCUGACAUAACCCCCCUUUAGUGCAUUUCAUAGCCAAAAUUAAUUUAGCUUAUGAAUAAGCACUAUAGAAGUUACUAGACAUAUUGUGCAAUCACAUCAUUUCUAACAUAGUACAUUAUUUUCAUUUGACAAAUGUCUUUGGGAGUUACAUAUGGUAUGGUCAAUAAAAAGCAAAUCUCCAUACGUUCCGGAUCAAUUAAGAGAGGUAUAGCGCUCCCCAUCUCAAAGGCCAGAUUUAAUUGCAUAGGCUCAAUUGUCUCUCCAUCCACAUUGGCAAGCAUCGCAUGAACAAUAUCCUUGGAUACAAAAUACAGAGGUAUGCGUCCCCCUGCCAAUUCGAUCAUUCCAGUUUGCACUUCGUCAAGAAAAGCAAGUGUGUGGAACAGUAUUGGGUCAUGCAGAAAUAAAAGUUCACGCUUGAAUAAGUCAUGACUUUGGUGCAACUCAGUGGAUUUGGCAAUUAACUCCUGAAUGCAAAUUUGUUGUAACAACUGUGUCUUCCACAAUAGUUAACACGUCUUGGAGAAGUGUUCUUUGCUGUUGUAUCACCUGAUGAAUAUCGUUAAUGUGUUGCUUUAGCGCAUAGAUUUCCAUAUCCAGCUUUUGGACAGUAAUAGAGUUGGCUGCAGACAUUCCAGUUGCGACAACUGCACCGACAGUGGCACAAACUAAUGCAACAAUUAUAGCGGUGAGGAACCUUUUGGGUCGGUUGCUCAUCGGAAUAGAACUGGAUACAAAUGGUUUCCGGGCUUGCUCCAAGAUGUUUCGCACACGGUCCUGUGCUCUUUGGAGGUGCAUCUGGUACCAAGUCUGUAACUCAGGAAGCUGCAUCGAUGAAAUGUUGUAUGCCUUCUCGAUGGAAAUCUUGGGGUCCAAGCUGACGAACACACGUCGGGUCAGGAUCCUCUUCUCUGUUAAGAUGAACCCUGGUGUCUCUUGAAUCAGGAUGCCGGAGGAUGGUCCCAUCUCUGCGAUCGGGUCGGUCCGUAGCUCUUGGCACAGGAGCAGUACGAUCCAGAAACACGCCACAUCCUUCUUGGACAUCUUUCGACAGUCACGGAUCAGGAACUCGUUUCAGACUUAUCUACUAAUGAUUCAAGGUUUGUUAAGCAUACAAACUUAUAACAGUGUGACAUCACUUGGCCUAGGACAACACAUUAUUACGAUUCAUCAACAUAUGUAUUCUGUCUAAUUCUAUUUUUAUAACUUCAUCCCUCACUACAUUUAUUACUGACUCUUCAGCAAUUUGCCUAUAGCAGUUAAACAAGCUAGUAACCUGCUUAUAAAAUGUAGUUAUUGGAUGGCAAGGAAAUGGUUAAUGACAUGAACGUACAUGAGAUCAUGACACAUCACAACAUUUCACAUCAUACGAUACCACGUGAAUCAAGCAUUCAUCCAGGUUAGUCGUUCACCCUUCUGCAUCUGAAUCCACACCUAUAAUCCUUAAUUGAGAUUUAGGAUGACAAGCACGCAACUGGUUAAUGUGAACCCACUUUUCAAUAAAAUCACCAUCCUUAGGAAUUUUUAUCUUAUACGCUACUGGGGAAAUUUUGUCAAUAAUGACAUAUGGCCCUUUCCAAGAAGGUAAAAAUUUCUUUUCCUUGACUUGAUUUCGCGCAAAGUUAUACAGAUAGACUUGAUCUGUUAUCUCAUAUUCCUUUUUCGUGGUUUUUAGAUCGUAAUAGGUCUUAACCCCUGUCGCUGCUUUUUCUAGAUUCUUUUGGGCAAAAGCAAACGCAUGCUGUAAAUGCUUGCGCAAAUCUUCGAUAUACUGAUGCGUAGUGGCAGCAUUGAUCAAGUUAUGAUCCGAAGUACGAUAUAGUAAAUGCUGUGGUAAAACCAUCUUUCUUCCUGUCAUCAAUUCAAAAGGUGACAAUUUGGUAGCAGUGCUAGGUGUAGCUCUAAUCGCCAUUAAAACUAGGGGCAAUUUAAUGUCCCAGUCUUUACCAGACUCCUUAACAUACUUCUUUAGAAUAUUAACGAUAGACUGGUUAUAUCGCUCUACCCCCCCGCUAGACGCAGCGCGGUAUGCAAUAUGUAGCUUUCGUUUAACACCUAGAAUGUUCCACAUCUUAGCCAUUACUUCGCUGGUAAAAUGACUACCUCUGUCUGACUCAAUUCUUUGAGGCAGACCGAACCUGGAAAAGACAUGGUUAAUCAACAAAGUGGCGCACACGGUACUCGUGUUCUCUUUACAAGGCAAACAUUCUAUCCACUUUGUGUACAUACAUGUAACGGUUAACAUGUAUUUGUUACCUCUUGAAGAUCUUGUUACAGGACCUAUAAAGUCAAUUUGAAUAUCAGACCAGGGUAAUGACACCCCCCUCUUCUGAAGUGGUGCACGAUGGGUUGGACCAUGGGGUUGAUAUUGCGGACAAAUCAAGCAUCCCUGACAGUAUGUCUUAACAUCCCUUAACAUGUGUGGCCAAUAUGCAUAAUCACGCAAUAUCUCAUAUGUGAUCUUAUCACCACGAUGCCCAGAUGUAGGUGCAUCAUGUGCGUGUUGGAGCAUUAACCCUCUGUAUACAGUUGGGACUACCCAUUGUUGUAUACCAUGUUUAGAAGUUCUGACCAGUAACCCAUCCAUGAUACUAAAUUGGACUUUAUAUCUCAUCAAGAUUCGUAAAUCUUCAUUAUUUUUGCAAUCCUCAUCUGUGAUGGGAUUGGCAGUAGGGUCUUCUAUAUGUUUAUAGAAAAUGCCUAUGACGGGAUCAUUCUUUUGACUGGUAAUCAGGUCCUCACUAGGAGCUUCUUGACUCCAUUGCACGACAUUUAAGUCGGCAUUAUCUCUAGCCUGUCGUCUAGUUAUGGCUUCAACAUGAAUUGAACCCAUAAGAUCAUCAAUGUUUAGGGUUUCACCAUUGAUGGCAGCUUGUUUUGCCAGUGAAUCGGCUAAGUCAUUACCAUCCUUAUCAAUACCUUCUAUUUUAGAAUGGCCUUUGGUUUUCUUCCAAUAUAUGGUUAAACCAUUUUCCUUAACCAGUUCAUCAAUUUUACAAAACAAUUUCCCAUGUUUAACAGGUUUGUUAUUGCUUUUCAGCAUUUGGUUACGUUUCCAGCUAGGCAGAUAUUCGACGAAACUGUUGCGAACAUAGUUGGAAUCAGUUAUAAUAACAAAUUCUUUGAUACCAUAUUCUAUUGCCAUUUGAAUGGUCUUAUAUACUGCACAGAGUUCGGCUAUCUGACUGCUUUUGGGACCAAUAUUGUAUCCUAUAGAUACAUUAGGAUAAUCACCUGUCCAGGCGAUUCCGAUACCUGCAACUAACUUCCGUUCAGCACCAAGACGUGGUGAUAUGAACAACCAUCAAUGUAUACCCACGGUAGUGGUCGACAGUAUUCCUCGUCAUAAACUUUAUAAGGAGAUAGCAAUUGCUCUUCUAGGAAGUCAUCUCCGGUGUCAUUAUCAUCCAGAGAUGGAGCAGUACAGUCAUGUAAUUCUGCUAAACCUUGGGCAACUGGGCUUCUCUUAUUAUGUUUAUAACGGACUUCUAACGGCCAUCCCUGUAAGGAUAGAGUCCAUGCAGUAAUCCGACUGUUAGAGAGAUUACCGUCUCUAAUUCUUUCACUCUGCAGAUACUGUAGAGGUUGGUGAGCUGUUUCUACAAUUAUUUUCUCACCUUGGAUAUAGCUACGAAAAUUUUGUAGUGCCCAGACAGUCGACAAUAACGCCUUCUCACACGUGUUGAAUUUAACUUCAACAGGUGACAAAGUCUUGCUAGCAUAUGCAAUAACUUUGUUUAAACUGUCCUGCUUCUGAUACAGAACAGCACUUAUGCUUAAAUCGGUAUAUCCUGUCUCCAGAUAGAAGGGUUUACCCCCCUCUGGGUAUGCUAAACAGGGUGCCUGAGUGAGCUUCCUCCUCAGUUCACUUACCGCUUGGUCCUGAGGCUCCCCCCAGUUCCAGGUAGUUUCCUUUUUAAGCAGGUGUAAGAGUGGUUUAGUUAUUUCUGCAUAGUUAUCUAUAAACUUACGGGAGUAGUUAGUCAUACCAAGGAACGAUCUUAAUUCCCUGAUGUUUGAAGGUGUUUUAGCCUUUAGUACGGCUUCAACCUUCUUCCUCUGGGGAUUUAAUCCUUCAGAAGUUACCUCAUGUCCGAGGAAAUUGACAUGGGUGCGACACCAUUGUGCCUUUUGUAAAGACAGUUUAAUCCCUGCCUCUCUUAACUGAGUGAGAACAUGUCUAAUCUCUAAGAUAUGCUUAUCAAAGGAAGUGCUUUUCAGCAAGACAUCGUCGACAUAUGAUAACGUUCCUCUCUCGAGUGCGUCAGGCAUAGCUUUAUGCAUGAACACAGCGAAUUCAUGACCAGAGUUUAUAUAACCGAAAGGCAUACGGGUCCAGGUAUACUGCUGCUUUCCAAAUGUGAAGGCCAAUUUGUAUUGGUCUUCAUUAUGGACUGGUACAGUCCAAUAUCCCUGCGCACAGUCAAUGGCAGUGAAUAUUUUGGAUCCCUGCAUUUGUACCAAACAUUGGUCUAUGUAUGGCGUUGGCCAACCAGACAUAUAGACGCGUUUAUUUAGCUGUCGUAAGUCAGCGCAUAAACGCCAUUGUCCAUUAGGUUUCAGAAUCCCCAAGAUCGGAUUAUUAUACGAACUGUGCACUGGACGUAUAAUGCCCCUUUCCUUUAAAUUCUGAAUGAUGUCUUGUAGACCAUCAUAUGACGCUAAUGGGAGUCUAUAUUGUUUGAUAAAUACAGGUGGUAAAUUUGGAUCAGUUUGUAUUCUGGCUACGUGGAGGUUAGUUAACCCACAGUCGUAGGAAUCUUUGGCAAAAAUAUCUUGGAAUUCCAAAAGGAUUUCCUUUAGCUGUUGCCGCUCAGCAUCGUUGGAGCAACCGUCAGCUAAAGAUAUUUGCUCUUCUAGCCUUUCCUGAAAUCCUGGAAAGAUUUCAGGCUGGCCUAUCUCAUAAGCUUCUUCAAGCCUAGAAGUUAGGUCAGUUCGGUGUUGACUUACCUUUUCUCUUUGGUCGUGAUACUCUUGUGAUUCCUGCUCAUUGAGCGGAUGAUCGAAGGUGAUAGAUGCUUCUUCGAUUUUACACGAGCCUUCUUCAACAUUGAAGGGAUAUACAGAUAGGAUAGUGAAUAAUCCUUCUGGGGAGGAAUGGAAUAUUUGAUCGACAAUUUCGUCCUCAGUUAAGUAUUCUUCAGGGAUGAGGCCUAUAAUUUGGUUUUGGAAACCAAAUGUAUAGUACUCAGCAUCCAAUGCUAGACCUAAUAAUGUUCCUUUUGGUAAAGUAACACUAUUGGGUGUAACAUUGUUGACCAUGAUAUAGGUGGGAUUCUUACCAAUACUUACCAUUGGUGUAUGUGUUACCACCAUCCCUAAUUGUUGUAUCCUGUUGGAUAAACAGAUUAGGGCAUCAGAGUUUUCCAAUCUCUGACCCUCCUUGACCUGUAGGGGUAAAAGAAAGUUACUUGUCCCCUGGGGAAUGGUUAUGUCAUCAGGAACUUGGAUACUUACCGCAUAUGGGAGUAUUUGUCCUGAUUUCAGGGCAUUUUCCUCGUGUAGGUAACUACAAGGAUUACCUUUUAACCUUGUCCACAAGUUGGAAUUAAUCAGAUCAAGGUGUAUGGCAAAGCGAUGUAUGACAUCAUUGCCAACGUAAACCUGAUAGCGAGGUUCGUUUAUCACUAGGAAUAAAUGUUUAACGGUCUUAUUUCCGAUGGAAAUAGAUAGUAAACAUUUUGCUAUCACAUUGUGACUCUCUGAUUCACCAUCCAGAUUCUGGAUCCACCUGUCAUGUGGGGAAGCGUACCUGAUCAUUUUAGGAUUAGCUAUCUGCUUUAACAGACUUCUGCUAAUAUAGCUGUUCUCACUCUGUAAGUCCAGCUUUGCAUUCCUACUUCUUCCUAAGUCAUGUAUUUGAAUAGGAAAGAAUAAGUUGUUAUUAGCCCUUUCAAUUCUGGCAAGGAAUUGAGCAUGACCUGCCAGAUCUACAGAUUCGACAUAGUCCCUGUGGAGAGAAAUGGUUAAAACAUCACCUUCCAGAGAGACAUUCUGGAUCCUCUCUGGAGCAAUUCUUAUGGAAUGCUCAUCUACAGGUGCGAUUGCAUCAUUCACCUGCAGGAUAGUCACGUCAGGUGACUGACUAUUCCUAAAAUGUACCUCUAUCGAGUCAGGUCUUUCUUCUAUCACAUGGCAGUUACGAUCAGAUUGAACAUGUGAUUUCUCAUAGGUUAUAGGAACCUUAGCUUGUGACCAUACAAUUCCAUUCACACAGUCAAUAAUCGUGUUAAGUCUUCUGAGUAUGUCUAUACCCAGAAUCAGUCGGUCAUAGGGGAGAUCUACCACUAUCACCGGGUGUCUAAAGGUUUUGUUACCUAUUUUAAACUUUAACCAGGUAUUGCCAAUAACAUGAAGGGCAUUUCCUCCUACACUCAACAGAGCAUUGGGGAAAUCUCUUAGCUUCGGCUUAUCCGUUGCUAAGUCCAUUACCUGCUGGAAGUAGGUAUUGGAUAAGAUAGUGGCUUGUGAACCAGUAUCUAUUAACCCUUUAAAAGGCUGGGGUAGCGAAUCCUGUAUUUCUACAGACAUGUAGUACCUUCCUUCAUGUUCUUCUAAUUCACAUAAGAAUUUAGAAUGUGUCAACAUAUUACUUGUUUUCCAUACAUUACCGGUCACAGCAGUAGUUUCUACCUGUACUGAGGAAUGCUCAGUCUUACCCACAGGCCCAUCCUUCUUAGGAAUAUCUUGAACUGUCAAGCGGGAACUAGUGGUCGGCAUCUCAUCAGUUAACCCUUUCAGGUCUGGAUCCUGGAAACUAGUGGUUGCUGGGGCUAUUUUAGCCUUUGGCUGAAAUGAAAAAACAGAGGAACACGUUGCGCCUCCUUCACCCGAAAGUGAAGUGACGGUAUAGGCAAUAGGUUUUCUAACACAACUAUUGUUUGUUUGACUUUUAGUACUUGGAAAGGAAACAGGGUUAGGCAUUACAUCUACUGAUAACCUAGCCUGUUUAGUCACAGUGGCUAUUAUUGCUGCGGCACCUGUUGUUGUUGCUGCGGUUGCACAGGUAGUUCUGCAAUUGGAGCUAUCCCUAAAAAAGGAUUUAGAGCAAAGACUUGGUUGAUCUUUGUCAUUUCCUCCAUUAAUUUGCCCAUCUGGUCUGUCAAUUGACCAACCUGACGACGCAAAUUAUUUCCCCCAUUGCCGUUUUGUCUUUGCCCAUUAGAAUUUGGUUGGGAUGGCUGAGACUGUUGGGAGUUAUUGGAAGCAGAUUGGUUGUUUCUGUUUCCAUAUCUCCUAUUUCCCUGAGGAUUCCUUCUCCAUUGGGAAUUGCCUUGGUUUUUAUUAACCCAGGGGCGUUUAUUCCCAUUGGCAUUGGAUUUUUCAGAGUUAUUAGAGGAAUUUGCAGAAUUGCUUCUGGCGUUUUCCUGUUUCUGAGGUUUUGGUGUUUUCAAAACCUCGGAAUAGGUCCUCUUUUUCUGUUGGGUUUCUAAACCUAACUGAGUUUUAGUCUCUGACACCAUUUUAUCACCAGGUUUCUUAACCUUUGGCUGAUUUUCGUCAUGUGCAUGGUGUAUAGUGUACAAUUUCAUGCACUGACUGACUAGCCAUUCUAAUGGCAACUUACAAUCGUAAUCUCUUGCGAGAUUCAUUUGUAUGUUUACUGGCAUGGCAUGAAAAUACAGAUCUUUGAAGUCUGUGCUUUCAUACCUGGGUUUUCUUUGGGCCACGGAGUAUGCAUUUUUAAGAAUUAUUAAAAAUUCUCUGGGGCUUUGAUCUGGACGGCACUUUAAGUUAUAAAGCGCCUUCUUUGCAGAAGCAAUGGUUUUAUACUUACCAUAUUCCAUGAUUAUUUCAUAUUUCAUCUUGGACCAGGACAUUAACUGUAUAGCUUGAAGACUUUCUAGAUAAACACGACACAUUGAAUCAAAGGUCCAUGUAAUGAACCAUUUCUUAUGAAUGUCAUCAUACAUGCCCAAUGAAUUCAUUGCUCUAUCAUAAUUUUCCAGAUGUUCAGAUAUGUUUCCUGAACCUCUAGAAAAUUGUGGGACAGUCUCUCUAAGGAAUUUGAUGACCUUUGGUGUUUCAUAAACAGGCGUCGUUGAAUUACGACCUCUGUUUCUGUGUUUGGGUAAACGUCUAUGCGAUCUGUCUGCUGAAGAGGAAUUAGACCCGUACAACAGUGCAGAUGGCAUAUCAGUUACAUGGCCUUCAGAGUGGACAGUGCAAUCACUUUCACUCCCAUCACUCUGAGCUUCUUGUUCACUGUCACAAUUCUGAUCUGCAUCAGAGUUCUGCCAGUGUACAGAACCAUGUCUGUUUUCAUUCCUAUCACAUUGAAUUGGACUCUCCCUCUCAAGUUUGGCCAAGACAGCUUUUUCAAACUGUUCUGCCCAAGAUUGCCAAGAUGGCUUGGUAAUGUCAUGAGAUGGGGAAUCUUGUUCCACAGUUGAUUUUUUAGAAUUACUCACACCUUUACUUACAGACUGUUUUAUGAAAACCUGGUUUGGUGUGGGAAAAUCAUAAUAAGGAGGGGAUUUACAGAUAGUCCUUUCUUGCAUUUUUGUGCAACUUUUUGGCACAGAAUGAUGACUACCAACCUCACUGUCUAAUUUCUGACUCUCCUUUUCAUACUCAUCCAGUUGCAUUUUAAGCUGAUUUAUUUCCUGUGCAUAUUUAUCCAUCAAAGCUUUCAUUUCUUUUUCAUGAUCAGCCUGACGAAUUUUAUGCUCAGCAAGUAAAUCUUGGUAUUUCCCAUUUUGAAUGCCCAGAUCGUCACUGUACGUGUCCAAUUUGGCAUUCAGUGACUUGUUUUCAUCACACACCUUAAGAAGUGCUGUCAUAAAGAAAGGCCAAGAGUGUAUUAUGAACGCCAUUUUCCUUUCUAUGUUCUUUUGUUCAGCAAUUUCUUUAAGAUAUAUGAUAAUGUGUUCAUCAGUUAGAAUGGUGUGUUUAGCUUCCCAUUCUAUGCUUUUCAACCAAACCUCAUAGGUUGCAUCAUUUUUCAUAUGUUUAUGAAUAUGAACUAGAGCAUGUUUUCUUAGGUCUUCAAUUAUUUCAGUAUUAUCUGUUACAGAUUUAUCACUGCCACUGGCCAUUUUUAUUUUUAUUUUAUUAAUUAAUCUCAAUACAAAACUCUUUUCUAUAUUAAGAUUAAAUUGCAUGAAUUACACCAUUAUUAUUAUUAUAUAUGAAAUACAAUUUCAACUUAAACGAUCUCAGCACCGUGCCUCCAAUAUGUGGGAAUAUUUAUGGGAUAAUAAUAGUAACAGUGAGAAUUGCCCACUAAUUCAAUUCUCAGAUCCCAAAGAACGUUUAUCGUGUUAAGUGGAAUGUAUUUCAUAUAAAUAAUAUCACAAUGUAUAAAAAUAGAUUUUUAUUUAUAAUAACAAAUUAAUAAUAAUAAUAUGUAACAUGCAUGACAAUAAUCAAUGAAUAUCCAGUAUAAAAUGGUAUGCAAUACAAAGGAAUGGGUAUUACGUUUCAAUGGCUAAAACAGCAUUAUCUGUCAAGACUUAUUUAUUACCAUCUUUAACACAGACUGAAAGUAAAACUUUUCACACAGAGAACAGAAUUCCUCAGAGUGCAGCGUAAGGUCGUAAAGUUUAGCAGACAGUUAGAAUAACCCUUUCAAUGCUGGCUAGAUCUCCUAGGUAGUUAAGAUCUAUUCUUAUGUAUUUUUAAAUAAAAUAACAUUUAACCCAGUUCACUAGUCAUUUUCUUAAACCAUCCAUAAGAGAAUUUACCACAUUAUAUAAACAGAUUUUUAAUUUGUCUAAAAGAUAUCUAUCUUAAUUUAGAGCAAAUCAAUACACCUGGAUAAAAACAGCGGUAUGCUAACACGUGAUAAUAUCACAUCAAUAUAUAAUUAUUCUUAAUUCCACCUGCAGAAUGGAAUGUUUAUAACUAUAUAUUCUUAGUUAACUAAGAUUUCUUAAUAUGGAAAUCUGACCGUGCUUUAUCCAGUCAUAUAUAAUGCUAUUAAUACAUUUUAAUUAAUUUAAUUUAAUUAAAUGAAACCAGUAUAAUUACCAGUUGAGUAGAUAUUUCAUCCAAUUGGUAGUCUCUCUGCAUGGAGGUGUUGGUUAGAAAGUCAGUAAAUUCUAAGUGUUAGAGUUUUAGGAGUAGAGUGUUAUUCUCAGAUGUUGUCCGAGUUGGAAUCCCCAAACUUCCAAUUCCUCUCUCCUCUCCGUUGCAUAUCUUGCAUCUGCCUCCUUCGUCUCUUUCUUGUAUCUCUAUCUUCCCUUUGUCUUAACUUUUAAAGGGCCAGACUCUCUGUACGUCAUCAGUUGAUAACCCAAUAGAAGCACUAGAGGUGUGGUUAUCUUCCAGAUCGCAAAUUAGUUAUUUGGUCUGUAGAGGGCAGUCUUGUCCCACUAAACAUACCUAUCCAGGAAAGAGUUAACUUUUCCUGGUGGCUAUUUUGACGUCAUUUUGCGUUAUCUUUAUAGCGCCAUAAUUUAAAAUUUCAAAGGGUUUCUUAAAUUUUGUCCAGACUUAGCGUCUGCAAUUCCUGCCAUAAUUUCUGAUAUGACAGAUCAUGAACUAAGUUUACCCUUUUCCAUACAAUGGUACCUUAUAUAUAUAGACAGUUAAAUAUUAAAUUAUUUAAUCUUCUCUGUCACAAUUGUCUGGUUUAGAUUUGAUUAUAUUCUUUUAGCAUUAGACAGUCUGUCCAACCCCCUUCCUUAUCACUUGUUUGUAUAUACUAUGCAUUCCUCAGAUCUGGGAAAGUGGUUAGCUUACAGAUAGAAAUAUAGUGUCUUUUUGUUAACUUGAAAUAACAAAAUGGAGUCUGAUCUGUUCAGAGUGACUCAGAAUAUACACUUUUAGUUUCUAUCAUAGCACAAAAUGUCUGCCGAUAUAAAUACUCUGACAAUGUAUCCAAUCUGUAUGGCAUUUAUAUUACUUGGGAGGUACUUUCAAUGUAAUCAAUCUGUAUGGCGUUUAUAUUCCCUGGGAGGUACUUUCAAUGUAUCCAAUCUGUAUGGCGUUUAUAUUCCUUGGGAGGUACUUUCAAUGUAUCCAGUCCGUAUGGCGUUUAUAUUCCGUGGGAGGUACUUUCAAUGUAAUCAAUCUGUAUGGCGUUUAUAUUCCCUGGGAGGUACUUUCAAUGUAAUCAAUCUGUAUGGCGUUUAUAUUCCCUGGGAGGUACUUUCAAUGUAUCCAAUCUGUAUGGCGUUUAUAUUCCUUGGGAGGUACUUUCAAUGUAUCCAAUCUGUAUGGAGUUUAUAUUCCCUGGGAGGUACUUUCAAUGUAAUCAAUCUGUAUGGCGUUUAUAUUCCCUGGGAGGUACUUUCAAUGUAUCCAAUCUGUAUGGCGUUUAUAUUCCCUGGGAGGUACUUUCAAUGUAUCCAAUCUGUAUGGAGUUUAUAUUCCCUGGGAGGUACUUUCAAUGUAUCCAAUUUGUUUAUAUUACCUGGGAGGCAUUUUAGACUCACAAGGUAGGAGCUGCUAGUUUGUAUGUUGUUGUUCAUUGUGUGGUCUAAAUACUAAGUCAGUGGGCAUGGUCGCGAUGGUGAUCCUGGGCAGCCAUUAUUUUGGUGUUCUAUAUGAAGGUACGCCUUAUGGUUUAAUUGAUUUUAUUUCCAAGCAUAAGAUUGCCGUCUGGAAGGGAAUGUGGGCGAAGUUGCCAAGAAUGUUUUCUGGGCACUUUACUCAAAUGGGGAAGAUUAGUGUUGUCGGCAUGAUCACAGCCGGCCAGCCAGCCAGCCAUCUUUUUGGAUGAUUAACAAUAAACAUGUGUGAUCUAUCACGAUCAUCAUUGGUGGGGUUUAUAAGGCGGGACUUUUUGGACAGUCAGAACCUACUUUACCUUGACAAAGUCUUGCUGACGAAAGCGGUCGUUAUUAAAGAGUCUUCAGUGGGAUCCUGCAGCCUGGAUUUAUCACUAUUCAAGGAGAACUUACUCCCUCCUGUCUUUUGGCGAGAUUACAUCUACCAGGGCGGACUCCAACCUCAACUUAUGCUGAGGGACCACUGCUGUAUAUGGUAGAAGGGUCUUUGGACCUUCUUGUGGCCCUGUUUGAAUUUUGUGCAAUAUUAUCCUCCAUUUUUUUUUUUUUUUCUAGAUUUGUGUGUGGUUUUACAUUAUGUUUAUUUAUCUUUACUGCUGUAUUUACACUAUUCUAACAUGUGACCACACACACAGAAUAUGUCUUUAACGGUGCACCACACUCUCUUGUUGCUGUUUUUGUUUUAUGUUGUGCAUUCUGUCCUCCUUUCUUCUUCCACUGAUGCUCUUUUGAUAAGAGAAGUUAAAGUCCUCUGUGGUAAUAGAGCUCCGAUGCUGUUGUGCCACUUUGAAGUUCUUUUUCUAAGUCUGUCCUCGCAAUCU